AUGGACAUAGACGCGUACUGGCUGCAGAGGAGACUGUCCAGACACUUUCCUGACGCUAUGGUGUCACAGGGCAAAUCCAGUGAAGUGUUACGGGCACUGUCCGAAGCAGCGGACGAACGAGACCUGGAGAACAGACUAGUGUUGUUGCUCGGCUAUGACUGCUUCAGUUUUGUGAAACUACUCAAUAAGUACAGAUACAUGAUUUUAUAUUGCACCAAGCUGGCUUCCUCUCAAUCGGAGAGCGAACGUGCUUCUAUAAGAGAGGAAAUGUCUAAACAACCACACCUGCAGAAGAUAUUGGCUCAGCUGGAGACUGGCAAGGGAGACGACGAGACGGCGCAGCAGUCCGAAGCGCCCCGCAAGCGUCACAAGGCGGACGGGGACGGGGACGGGGACGGCGCGGGGGCGGGGGGGCAGUUGCCGGGGGCGCGGCGCGCGCUGCCGCUGGAGGAGCUCGUGUUCGCGGCCGGCGCCCACUUCAUGGCCAACAAGCGGUGCCAGCUGCCGCCGGGCUCCUUCAGGAAGCAGAGGAAGGGUUAUGAGGAAGUACACGUGCCCGCGUUGAAACCGAAGCCGUUUGAAGAGAACGAAACAUUGAUACCGAUAGAGAAACUGCCCAAGUACGUGCAACCGGCCUUCGAGGGGUUCAAGACUCUGAACAGGAUACAGAGUCGAAUAUCAAAAGCCGCUCUAGAAUCUGACGAGAAUCUGCUAGUGUGCGCCCCGACCGGUGCGGGUAAGACUAACGUGGCCCUGCUCACUAUAAUGAGGGAGGUGGGCAAACAUGUCAACGACGACGGCACCGUCAACGUGAACGACUUCAAGAUGAUAUACGUGGCGCCGAUGCGGUCGCUAGUACAGGAGAUGGUGGGUAGUUUCAGUAAGCGUCUGUCCGCUUACAACAUGAAAGUGUCAGAGUUGACCGGUGAUCAUCAGCUGACCAGAGAACAGAUAGACGCUACACAACUGAUAGUGUGCACCCCGGAGAAGUGGGAUAUCAUCACCAGGAAAGGUGAGUCAUACAUAUUUUACACUAUAGACUUUAUUCAAUAG